GAAAAAACGGAGACAAAAGUACUGCCAAAACAUGUACUGUAAUGAAAGGAUACAAUUCACAACGCAUUUAUAUUGAUGAUUCUCUUCAUCAUGUACAACACGAGUAUGAUACUUUUUGUUUCAGGAAUAAAAAACUCCCACGAAAAAAAACAAAAGGAAAGUGAACCGAGGACAGGACAGGACAGUCCGUGCAGAGAUGAACGUAUUAGAUAAUAGGCACAAAAAGGAAAAAGGAAAGGUAAAUUUAACCUAGAGGACAUUCAAGUCCGAGAAGUAGAAGAAUUGCGAAGCAAUAAAUUGAAGAGCCUAGACCAGGCACGCUGGAAACGAGGAAACAUUCUCCUAGUGUAGGUUCUGGAUUCCCUGCACAGGUCCUCCAUGACCUCGACAAAGAGAUUCAAGCUUCUGACUGGGGGGAUGUACAGCGUUAAAGGCACAGCUGAAAACGCCACGCCGAAGAACAUAUGCAGCAUCUCUCUCUAACCUUUCUUCGUCUUCGUCUUCUUCUUCAAGUCUCCUUCUACCUUUCCGCGAAUGCCAGGAAAAAAGACGGGGCUUGUGGUUUGAUAAGGAGCUUCUGGAUGUGUAGAGGAGUUUUCUUGUGCUGAGGGGCAGAAAUGAGAGGGUGGGGGCUGGUUCUCGAUUGUGCGGAAGCUAUUCGGCAGUGAGGUUUUCUUUCUUGGCGAUUUCGUGUUAAAAAAACAGUGGUGGUUGGAUUCUACUCACCUGAAAGGUCUUCAACUUUUACUUUUCCUCUCCCUCGUUAUAAUGCCGACAUACAUCCAUUCUCUAAAAGAAAAAAGCCUUUUGUAACCUCCAUUAUUGAUCCAAAAGGUGGAAUCUCCCACCCCGGAGCCCCCACACCCCGACCCGACAGAGCAUGUGAGAGGAUGUAAAUCACGGUGACUCAGUCGAAGGAGCAGCGGUAGGCCCAUAUGCCUCCUACGCGCCAGAGGUCCAACCCAUUUUAGAGGCUGUGACGAGGUCGCUGCGGGGACUCGAACUAGGGUUCCUUGAUCCAAAUUCCCGCGACUUAACCAACUGAGCUACCUGUGCAGGCUCUUCACACUCCAUUAUUGUACAUGUUUAAGCAAGAAUUAAACUAAUCUAAAAUUAUAUGUAUGUAGGGAUCGUACAAGAAACAAAAUGUAAAAACUGAAGAUUAAUGAAUGAAAUGUAUUAAUCUGAGUGUAUGAAUAAAAGAAUGGUAUUACAAGUGCAUAGAUAAUCAAACAGGAUUGAUCGUGCCUCCCUAUUGUAAGUUCUCCUAUAUUUAUACAACAAUACUAUUCUACUUAGGUGGUUCAACCGUCCGCCGGAAGUGUCUCCUGAUUUCUAGGCUCCGUCAUUCAGUUGGAUGCUCCUACCCAGUCUAUUCUUAUUCGAUUCGUUUGACCUUUAUUCAAUUGGACUUCGUCUUUUAAGAAUGGGCCGAUCUAUUUAUAUUUCCGUGGCCCAACAAUUGCCCCCAAUUCAAAGAAGAGGAGGGCGCCAAUUUCGAAAAAUUAAAGGGCCAACCGAUUCUUUGAAUUUUUCAUCAUGACAUCGCCUUGGAAUGUGUAAGGCCGUCAGUCGUUCAGUAUCAAUCAAUCACUAAUCUCUUCUUCCCUUAGUGAAUUAGUUCAGCAAGAAAAACUUCCUCUCUUCUCCUUUUGAUUUCUUGCAAAUCCCGACCAGCGCUUUGGUUCUUCAUGGCUUCACAACCCUUCAUUCCGCAACACAUUUUAGAUCCGAAGAACUCAAAGCAAGCGAAACUUUCAGAACAUCAUGUCGACUUUAUCAGGUCAUCUAUCGGCUUUCCCCAUGAUGCGAUUAUUCGUUUUCCAGCAGCGAACGAGAGGAUAGAUUGGUUCUGUGAUGGUUGGGUAAACUUCUUGAUGUACCCUUUCAAGAUAGGUAUGAAAUUCCCAUUCUCACGUUUAGUCCAAGACUUUCUUGCUUUCGUCGUAUCGCCUUCCCAAAUCAUGCCCCAAGUAUGGAGGGUACUCAGAGCUUUAGAGGUCUUGAGUGAGAAACAUAGUUUGGCCCUGGAUUUUGAAGACUUGGGUUUCACCUACGACCUCAGAUCUUCAGGAGCCGGUCGCUUUACUUUAGCAGUGAAGGAAGGAAAAGAGGCCCUCAUUCAUAAGGUGGACAAAGCUAAUGACCGGGGAUGGAUGAAUUUGUACUUUUUUGUAAACAAAGAGUCGUUAGGUACUGACGGAUCAUUCCUGGAAGAGAAUCUACACAAAGGUUAGUUUCUCUUUCGAAUCGUGUUUCUUGACUUGCUCGGUUGAUUUCCGUCUUCUAUUUUUGUUAUCUGAUUUGUAACCUCGGGUGUAGGUAAUGGAAAUGGGUAAUUUCAGAAUAUUUUCUGCGUUCUCGGAUAUAUGUAUAAAACUUGAUGUAUUUGGCAUUGUUUCUCUGUGACGUGCAGAGAGGAAGACUAUUCCACUGGUUCCCGGUCUGCAUUCUGAAGAGAGAAAUGCCAGGAUUCUUUCGUUCCCUAUCGAGGAUCGAACUUAUGUGAACCUGGUGUCAGACUUUCAAGGUACGUCACCUCUUCCUGUUGAGUCUGAUUAUGUGGGGUUAAGGCGGUCUCGCAGGCACACCCCUACCGCACACGAUUUGAAUCAGAAUUCACAUGUCGUUUCCGUAGAAGAUUCAGGUCAAGGAUCCGAAGCUUCCAAAGAUGAUGACGAGGGUAUGAGCGCUUUCGUCCCUUUACAAGUUGUUUUUCCAACUGUUAAGAAUAUUCCCGUGCCCCCAUUCAAGGAUUCUACUCCUAUUGCAGGUAUUAUCUGAGGUUUAUGCUCUUCUUUAUUAGUGCUGGAUCGAUUACCCCUAACUUCUAUUCCUCUUAAUUUGUGUAGCUACUUCAUCAAGCACUUCUCGUUCCGUUCCUUCUGACCACGAGUUGUUGGCUAUGGCAUCGAGGAGGAAAAGGAUGCCCUCUAAAUUGUCAGCAAAUCCUCCAAAGGUUCCCAAGUACCCAACGCCUGAUACUGCUACCACUCCUAAUGCCCCCCAUGCGGAGCAUGGGGUUGAUACCUGGGCGAAGCCACCACAAGCUAUGCACUUAUCACUUUCCACGGAAUUCUGUGAAUUGAAGGACGCUCUGACCAUGAAAGACGAAAUGGCUCAAUUUCAAUUGGCCUCCUCUGUUCCCUUUUUUGACUGCUUGCUAUUAUGUCUGGAAGACCAGGGGUGAGUUGAUGACAUCUUUUAUUAAAGGAGAAAUGACACACCGGUCAGCGGAACGGGAUGUAGCUACAUGACAUAAACUGAGGGAAGAGAUGGAUCCUCCUGUAGGAGAAGACGGCUUCGAGGUGGGUCAUUCCGACGAUGAGAUUGAUCUUUAGUGUUUACCGGUCAGAUGAUCAUGCUUCCUUUUUUUGUAAGUCUGUUGGAUUACAAACAUUCCGUGCUUUUGAAUUACUCUGACACUUUCCGACCUGCGUUAAGGGUUCCCGGUGGUUUAUCCGGGACUUAACGCCUUAUUGCGCUACUCAUGGUCUUCACGCUUGGCGGUUCAGCCUAGCCCUUUCCACACCACUGUGUGAGUCUGUCACUGUUUUUGCUAUUGCUUGGAUCAUACUUUUGUUCAUGUGUAUUCUGUUGUGUAUGCAUGCCCGCUGUUUAUGUGUGCAACAUGUCAUGCUGUGUCAUAAACAUGUGUGUGUUUUGGCCAAAACGUAUUUGGUUUCAAGAAACUUCAUUUAUGAUUUUUUCAUAAUGAGUCCCAUGUCCCCUGUAUGCUGAUGUUUUGUCAUAAGCAGAUCUGAUGUUCUAUCUGUUGUUCUGGUAUUCGGUCACCUGGUAUUUUAACCUGUCAUAGUCCUGCGAUGAUACCGCACCGUUGAGAUCGGCCGUUGACUUGGAGCCAACGGCCCUCCGACGGUCAAGUUAGUGAACGAUGAAUUGUAUUCACCAUAUUCAAGAUUACGUGAACUGUAACUAAUUACCUGUGAAUUGAACAUUCUCGUUUGCUUUCCUGUAUUUACAAUUAUUGUCAGGGUUGGUCGUUGGCCUUAAGCCAACGGCCCUCCGACGACCAAGUUAGCUAUUUCAUUUAGUAAUAGGGAUAAAAAUGUAGAAAAGAAAAAGAACUCUUGUUAAAAAUGAAAACGUUUUAAAUGUACCGCAUUCCAACUUCGAGGGACUCGUUUACCAUCAAUUGAUUCCAAGUGGUAUGCUCCCUGACCAAUGACGUCAAUGAUUUUGUAAGGUCCUUCCCAAUUAGGACUAAAUUUCCCGACUGCUUCAUUGCCAAACGCUCUCCUCAAGACCCAAUCUCCCUUUUUGAACACCUUUGCCCGGACAUUUUUAUUAUAGCUUCUCGCAUCAGUCAAGCUCUCUAUCGAAAUUUAGUAUUUGACUAAUUAUCUAAUUGCAUUCAUGCUCAUGUUUGUACUGCUGAAUAGGCUGUUAGUGAUUCUGACAUGAAGAUCAAAUCAUUAGAAAGGAAAAAUAUAUAACUUCUUGCUUGAAGAAGAUAACUUACCGAACAAUUUAGUUGCAUAAUUUCUAUACUAUGCUUGGAACGUACUUCUUCUAGUGCCGUCACUUCCCAUAUAUGUCCUGCCGAAAUCUUCUCUACUGCCUGAAAAGCAGUGAACGGUCAAAGAUAUGCAAAAAAGAUUUCUGCUGCUAGGUAAGACUUGGAGAAACAUUUGGUGUUGGAGACUUUGGUUAUCUCACGAAACUAUACUCAGAUUAGGCAAAUCCGAAUCAUCCAGCCAGUAGACUACUCACAUUUGGACCUUUUUGAUUGGGCUUCUUUUGAAUUAGUUUAUCCUGUUCAGAAAAACAAAAUCAAUAGGCAUAAAAGAGAAGUGUUCAUGUAGGACUAGUAAUAGUAAACAAACGGAAGAUAAUUUCUUAUUGAUACCACGCAAGAAUUAUAACAUGGUAUAACAAUUGUUAAUGCCCACCACUCUAUUUUUAAACAGAAAUAUUAUAACAAGAGGCGCCUCAAGAGAUCAAAGGCAUAACAUAUAUAUACACCUGCAUUUGUCAUGUAACAUCUCUCAAGCAUCCUGCAUUUCUUCAUCUAAGAGUGUGCUCUUGAUUGCCUUCUCACAAUGGGGCGAUGGGCAAAUCUCGGGUUACUGAAAGUCCAAAUCUUACAAUUGCAAUGCCUAUAUAAAAUUUUCCUAUGUUGAGAAGUAAUAGAAAACGAAUAAUACAUAACAACGGAAAAAACAUUAACAGGGUUCAGUUUCACCUUUAAAGCAGAGAAAUGGUCCAGAUCAUUGUCAGUUUUGCAAACAUUCUAGUGACUCUUGCCAAAAAAACGUCAAACUCGAAUUCUUGCAAUGAAUGUGCCUAGGCUGUUGGAAAAAUAUGUUAAAAAUUGCAUUAAAUGGUCGUUUUGGGGCAAUUAUUUGAGUGGGGUCCACUUCUGAUUUGGGUCGGCUCAAAGUGGUUUUGGAUUGUCCUUGUUAAGGGCUACAAUUCGAUAUAUGGUACGCUCAAAACGGAUAACGGGUGAAUGAGAAAUUGAUUCUCGAAGUUCACUCGUUGAAAUGGUAAAACUGGGAAAAUGAUGGGUUUCUAGUGUGUUUUAUACCACACCGGAAAACUCAAGGGAUUUUCACCCCCUUAUAAAGGGAAGCGUCUUUCAAGGAGUUAAGAUUCCUAAAGGUAAAGGCUAUCUCUUACGCGUAGGGGGGGUGCCGAUCAAAUCCCGAAACGGAGAAGAAAAACCGUGACUCGUGUGCGCGGGCGACCCGCGGACACGAAUGUCGUUCGAAAAUCUAUCAUUCAAAGGUACGAUUUAGUUUUGGUUUCUUCCCGUAACGCUCGAGGUCUUCUGUUCGCAACAUAGACGCUCGAGCUAUUCUGGACCGUUACAGUAAUAAAUGCCCAACAUUCUUAUCUUUUAAUGCCGCGUUAAAUGGACAGUUUAUGGACGAUACAAUGCCCAACGGACUGAUCAUUGAUGUCCAACUCUCAGGUCCAUUAACACUACAUUUAACACACAACGCGAUGCAUCUACUUUGGGCAACCAAGGGGCAAUCCCUAUGGUUACCGUGCCAAGCAACUCUGUGGAGAAACCCGAAAAAUUUAAUGGGUUAAACUUCAAGAGGUGGCAACAAAAGAUGCUAUUUUACCUCACUACUCUCGGUCUUGCUAGGUUCUUGACCGAGGAUGCGCCGGUAGUAACCGGGGGUGAGGUAGAUGUGCAAUCUCUCAAUGUGGUUGAGGCAUGGAAGCACUCGGACUUUCUUUGCCGAAACUACGUGUUGAACAGGCUGCAUGAUGCUUUGUACGACGUGUAUAUCAAACUAGCUACAGCUAAGGAGCUAUGGAAUGCUUUGGACCACAAAUAUAAAAGCGAGGAUGCCGGCGCAAAGAAAUUUGUUGUUGGUUGAUUCCUUGAUUUUAAAAUGGUGGAUUCAAAGACGGUCUUGAGUCAAGUUGAGGAAAUGCAAAUGAUCUUCAACGAAAUUCGAGAUGAAGGAAUGACAGUUAGUGAGUCUUUCCAAGAGGCGCCAAUUAUCCAUUUAUUGCCGCCGGCUUGGAAGGAUUUCAAGAACUACCUUAAGCAUAAGCGAAAGGAAAUGAACUUGGAGCAAUUGAUCCUCCAUCUGCGGAUUGAAGAGGAUAACCGGAAGAACGAUGGGAAACUCCCAAUCGUUACCAGCGCCAAGGCCAACGUGGUGGAGCAUGCUAAAGGCUCCAAAAAUAAAAAUAAUGGGAAGAGCAAGCUCGGUUCCAAGGAAGGCGUUUCCAAGACAAAGUUCAACGGAAAAUGCUUCAAUUGCAAUAAAAACGGACACAAGUCCGCGGAUUGCAAGGCACCCAAGAAGAAGAGGGACUCUCAAGUCAACUUGGUGCAAGGUGGGCAAAAGGAUGAAGACAUCAUCCUUGCGGCUGUGGUGACCGAUGUCAACCUCGUUGGAUCCAAUUCCAAGGAGUGGUUCGUGGACACCGGUGCUACCCGGCAUAUUUGCUCAAACCGGGAGUUAUUCACUACUUUUGAGCCAUCAAACGGUGAAAAGGUGUGGAUGUGAAAUUCUGCUCAUUCCGCGGUUGAAGGCGUGGGCAAAGUGGUCCUAAAGAUGAGUUUGGACAAGGAGCUGACUCUCAACCAAGUGCUGUUCGUUCCGGAGAUACGCAAAAACCUGAUCUCCGGCUCGUUGUUGAACAAGCAUGGCUUCCGCAUGGUCUUUGAGUCGGACAAACUAGUUUUGUCUAAAUCAGGAAUGUAUGUGGGCAAAGGGUAUGCAUGUGAUGGGCUGUUUAAGCUCAAUGUAACGACUAUUAUUAUUAAGAAUAAUAAUAAAAUCCCUUCUGCUUACUUGCUUGAGUCUUCUAAUGUGUGGCAUGGUAGACUAUGACAUGUUAAUUUUAAUUCUAUAUGUAGAUUAAUUAACAUGGAACACAUUUCUAAAUUCACAAUUGAUGUGAAGCACAAAUGUGAAGUUUGUGUAGAGGCAAAACUUACGAAAAUGUCUUUCAAAUCGGUUGAAAGAAAAACGGAACCACUUGAAUUAAUUCAUAGUGACGUUUGUGAUUUUAAAUCAAUACAAACACGCGGCGGUAAUAAAUAUUUUAUUACUUUUAUCGAUGAUAGCACUCGCUAUAUCUAUGUUUAUUUGUUAAAAAAUAAACACGAAGCAAUCGAUAAAUUCAUUCUUUAUAAGAAUGAAGUGGAAAACCAACUUAAUCGACGGAUUAAAACGGUUAGAAGUGAUCAAUGUGGUGAGUAUGAAGCACCAAUUGGUGACUUUUGCGCGAGCGUGGGUAUAGUACAUGAACGUACUGCACCCUAUUCACCUCAAUCAAACGGUGUUGCCGAACGAAAGAAUCGCACAUUGAAAGAUAUGAUGAAUGCGAUGUUUGUAAGUUUGGGCCUGCCACAAAAUAUGUGGGGCGAAGCAGUCUUGUCAAGCAAUUACCUUUUAAAUAAGGCAUCCCGGAAAAAAUAUGAUAAAACUCCCUAUGAGUUGUGGAAAGGUAGACGGCCUUCCUAUCAAUAUUUGAAAGUGUGGGGGUGUCUUGCUAAGGUGCUUGUACCAACACCUAAAAAAAUAAAAAUAGGUCCAAAAACGGUGGAUUGUAUUUUUAUUGGAUAUGCACAAAAUAGUAGUGCUUAUCGGUUUUUAGUGUACGAUUCGAAUAAUACGGAUGUACAUAAAAACACAAUAAUUGAAUCAAGGAAUGCAUCAUUCUUUGAAGAUGUAUUUCCAUGCAAGUCCAACGAAGGACCAAGCACGUCAAAACGAACAUUUGACGUAGCUAUGGGAAAUACUAGCGAGGGGUCCGGAGAAUAACCCGAACCCAGACGUAGCAAACGUGCUAGAGUUGAAAAAUCCUUCAGACCGGAUUUUCUCACCUACUUGGUAGAAUUUGACUCGGAUAUUCUAACAUGUAUGGUAGAAAAUGAACCGGAUUUUUUAACAUGUUUGGUAAAAAAUGAACCACAGACUUAUACGAAAGCCGUGACGUCUACCGAAGGUCCUAUGUGGAAAGAAGCCAUCAAAAGCGAGGUGGACUCUAUCCUUAAACAUCACACAUGGGAAUUGGUUGACCUUCCUCCGGGAAAUAAACCUUUGGGAUCCAAGUGAAUUUUUAAACGAAAAAUGAAACAUGACGGUUCCAUCGAUAAGUACAAGGCCAGACUUGUAAUCAAAGGAUACAAGCAACGUGAGGGCCAUGAUUACUUUGACACGUAUUCUUCUGUGACGAGAAUAAAUUCCAUUAGGAUGAUACUAGCAAUUGCCGCACUGCGGAAAUUGAAAGUUUAUCAAAUGGACGUAAAAACCGGUUUUCUAAAUGGCGAUAUAGACGAAGAAAUCUAUAUGGAACAGCCCAAAGGCUUUCGUGUUCCUAGCCAAGAAAGGAAAGUGUGUAAAUUAGUUAAAUCAUUGUUUGGAUUGAAACAAGCUCCUAAACAGUGGCAAAAAAGUUCGACCAUACAAUGUUAAUUAAGGGGUUUAAAAUAAACGAAAGUGACAAAUGCGUCUAUGUGAAGAGCACGGUAGACGGCUAUGAAAGUAAUUUAGCUACCCAACAUCCGGGGUAAAAGUGUAAAACAACCUGAUACUUUCUAAAGGGGGAGAUUAAGUGCUACUCCCUCCGUCCCUUAAAACAUUGUCAUCUUUCUUUUUUGGGACGUCCCAAAAAACUUUUCCACUUUCCUUUUUAAUCAAUUAUUUUGUGUUUUCUGUUAUUUCUCUCUCCUCUGCACAAACUUCCACCACUUUCCUUUUUAUUUUAUUAUUCUCCGUGCCGGUCAACUUUUGCAAAGUUUUAAGGGACAGAGGUAGUACCCCUCGAAGCAUUGUACUAACUUUUUCACAGCCUCCAACAUAAUGGGAAAAUAGUCAGAGAACACAUAUGCGAAGAAUGGAAAUGAAGUUGUGAACAGUUAUCUUGAUGGAAACCUUCUCAAGUGUUGCAAAAGUGGAACAGGCAGCUUCUUGUACUCACUUGUUAUCACCCAGUGUUCUUCGCAGAAGGCCAAUAAAAAUGUUAUUAAAUUGUUCGUGUCCUUGUUGAUGAUCUAUGCUUUGAAAUAGAGAUGCCAAUAUAUCAGAUUUUAUCAAUCCAAAAGUCUAAUACUCACUUGUUAUCAGUCUAAUACAAAUGCCUCGACUCUCUCACCAGAACAACAAAUUUGCUAAAGCGUGACAAGGUCCAGUAGAAGAUACUUCGUAUAAGCGGAAAGGUUAUAUAUACAUGGCGUUACUCCAAAUCCCGAAUCAAUUAAAUUUGUUAAUUACAUUGUAUGGUUGAGAGUUAUUUAUGCUCACCAAAGCUGUUACUAACACAAGAAACUUGUAUGUAGAGAUCCAUUACUACAAGCGAAGGAAAAAGGGGAACACAAAGUAGUAACAUAUGAUUAAUUGACAGCCACUAAAGUGGUGAGGAAAGGGAAGUUCAAAGAGGUUAAAUAAAAUUAGAAAUGGUAAGGACAAAUUUCAAUUGGUGAGAGUUACUGCAUGAUUGAACUGUUACUCCAAAGGCAUUGAAAGGAAUUAGGAAUAAAAUAACCAAAAUGUGUUGACUGACUGACUGAAUGGUGAUUCUUAUGACUACUGGUCAGUCAGUGGUGCUACAACAAGUGGUAAGAGUUUGCAUUAUGCGGUCCGAACAUGGUUGAGAAAUCAAAAGGAUUAGGCAUUCUGGCUUUAUUCAGUUGGUCACAUGCACCCUUAAAUGUAAUUAAGGGUCAUUUUGCACUUCGAUUAGCUUCUCAGAGUUUUGUCGAAUUUAUGUCAAGACUUUGGAUGGUACAGACUUUUCAAUGAGAUCUUAGGAGGGAGACUGCCUGUUUUUAGAAGAGUCAAGCAAUUGAUUUUAUGCUAAAGUUCAGGAGAGGUGAAUGAUAUAUUCCCCUUUUAAAACCAAUUCUAUGUUCAAAUCGGCAAAUCCUACCAACUUUUAAACAAUAUCUCUGUAACCACUACGGUAAUUUGCUUCUCAAAAGCACAAACAAACACAACAAAACCCCAUUUAAAUAUGUAAUAAGUUGUUCAAAGCUUGCUUUUAUCGGCUUUAUAUUAGACUACAUAGUAUAUUAAUAAUGAAUGCAAGAUAAAACAAACAUGUUUCUUACAAUCUUAAUUCAUGACUCAUGUCAUAUUUGCGAUAUCUAUCCAAAACAAUCCGAUGAUACUUUUUUUACAACAGAUACGGAAUUUAAAUCUGAAGGUCUUUCUGAUUGAAUUUUCCAUCCCAAGUUACAGGUUAAACAAAUAUACUAGGUUGCCAAAGAGUUUAAUACCUCAGGAUAACACAAGUAUUUAAUUAGAGCAGGAAAUACCUCACAAUAGGUUUUCCACAUAGUAUUGCAUCCAUUUACCCAUUUCAAGUUACAUUGCGCACGCCACUUUCGCUGUAAACAUCCAAGAAAAUUUCCAUUUACUAGAAAGCUUCUCAUGUAUAUAAACCUAGACUAGAUAACUGCAACCAUAAAACUAUAUCAACAACAAUGUAAGAGUACUCCCUCCGGUUGAUAAUUAACUUUUAGUGAUUCACAAUUUCCUUUCAUCCAUCCCGAUAUCGUUUCUCAAUUUCCCUUUUAAGGAAGAAUAGUGUGGUUCAUGUUGCUCUAUCUCUUCUGUAUAACUCUCAAUACACACUUCAUGUUUUCUAAAUUCACAUGCUUACUAUAAAUGGUGCAGUAAUAUAAGGAAAUAAGGAGUAUGAAGUAUGUAAAAUAGUUUAUUAUGGUUAAUUUUGUAGAAUGUCAGAUUAUAAUGGGAGACCAUUAUGCAAAAUACUACUUCUUAGUACAUAAUUACCGCAUGUUGAAACCUAUAUUUGAGAUGGUUCUCGAUUAGCAUGUCAUCUUAGAGAAGGAGUUCAUCCCGUCAUAAUAAUAACGAACACAGCAUUUCCUGAUUACACUUCAAAUUUUCUCGAUUAAUUCACGAUCACACCAUCGCCAAUGGCUUAUUUUAAAUUAUUUUAAGAAACCUGAGCAGAAAAACAAUUUAUGAGCCCCGUGGGCUUAGAUUUGUAUAACUAAGGCGUGACUACGGAGAGACGUAUACUUUACUAUUUGGGCUCUACAAAGUUUCCCACACCGGUAGUUUACAAAACAGAAAGACUAAAUAAAAAGAAGAAGAUGAGAUUCAUGGUCACGACCUUACUUGAACAGGAUCUGUUCUAUAGGAUCGUACCUCUGAAUCCUUGAAUUAUAGGAGAUCGGAAAUCAAUCCUGGUUGAUGACUGAAAGCCGGAAGGUUAGAGCGUGAUUUAACAGCUUCUUCUCGGCUUUGGGUUGAGCUGUAGAGGAUCGUUCUCAGCUGUUUACGGUUGGGAUGACCUUUGGGCUGUCUGACAGGUCCUUACUUUUUUUUGUUACCCAUAUGUUUUAGCGUUACAACUCCAUUUACUUGAUUGACUAUUGGGAAAGUUCCCGA